UUUUUACAACAUCUUUUAAAAAGAGUUUGUUUAAAUAAGUAUGCUUUUUAAAAGAACUAUAGGAAGGGGAAUGAUCUUUUUAGGGAUUUUUAUCAUUACAUGUAUUUACACUGCAAAAUAUACACAUAUAUUGAGAGUUAUUACAUCUCAAACAAUUCAGAAAUAUGUAAGAGUAGAAGAGAAUGGCUUAUCAGACAAUGAAGCUCCUGAGACGGCAAGGAUACAUGGAACGACAUAUAAUCAAUUCACCAUCACCCCUGCUACCAAUUAUAAAUACUUAAGCUCUGUUAAAACCCAGCUGCAAAGACAUUUCCCCAAAGCAAUGAUAAUAGGAAUGGCUAAAUGUGGCACAAAUGUCUUACAAAGGAGUUUAGAACUUAAUCCAUUACUGAAGUCCACGACUGCAGAGGAAGUUUGUUUUUCUACAAAAAUGAGUUUGUUUCAUUGGUCAAGAACAUUUACCGCAGAGCUGCCUUUAACACUUGAAAGUCAAUUAACAUUCACAAAAUGUCCCCAGUUACUGAAUCAUCCAGAUGCAAUCAAAUUGUUACAUGAUGAAUUCCCGACAAUGAAGCUGAUAAUCUCACUUUGUGACCCUGUUAAACAACUAGUGUCAAGAUAUACAAUGCACCAAGAAGAAGCAAAAGAAACGAAUGUGUUACCUCCAGUAUGCCAAAGUAUGUUAAAGCAUGAUGGUACAGUGGAUAGUACCUAUAAAUAUGUUCAAUGGAGCAUAUUUGUAGACAUGUUAAAUCCAGUGUUUACAUUAUUUCCCAUGGA